GAAACAGUCGAUGAUUCUCUAUUAGUCCAUGUCCUGGCAUCUCUGAGUCUUGACCCCGCUACAGUUGCCCUGACGGUCAGAAAAAUUCCCUUUUCAUUAUUGAUCAGGCCUUUCCACGACAUAUUGGCCGCGCAUGUACUGAUCGCACAGCAACAAUAACAUUCGGCGAUGUCGACGUCGUCCAAUCGCUCCGGCCCCGUGCACCCACGGGUAAACAGCCUUCAACGAAAUGGCCGUCACUCUCGUGACUCCUCUCGCCCCGUUGCCAAGAGGAUUGCGCCCUCCGACGCUUAUAGCUAUGCUCUGCGAGUUGCAUAUCUGGCGCACCUUUUGAAGCCGCGAACACGCCGAGCGCAGAAGCCGCCGCAGCAGCCACAGCGUGCCUCAACUUCUAUAAAUGAUUUAAUGAAAGAUUUCACUCUUCUCCGAGAUUCGAAGAGUACUCGCUUUCCGAAUGGAUUCAUGUCGGAAUUGGAGAAGAGAUUGACCGGCGUCUUGAUUGGCAAGGAGAAGAGGCAGGAAUAUAAUGACCCGGUGUUGAAACGGACCUUUGCUGUGUUUUUCAAUGCAUUUACAGAGCAGAGUUUCCACAAGCGCAUGGCAAAGGAUCGGCGAGUAGAAGAUCUGGUGCUUAUAUUCUUCUCUAGCGCCACGAAAGAGUUACAAAAAGGUCUGGCACCGGGCGACGAAUCUUGGAAGCUCCUUGUUGAUAGACAUGUUGCACUCUUCGUGCGGCUAAUAAGUCUAACCCUCAAAGACCACGACUGGGUGAGAGAUAGGCCAGAGCUUACGAGCCGGCUCGCAACUCUCGAAAGCAAAUUACUAGCCCAUGAUCAAGAUCUCGUUUCGAACGAAGGCGGUAAAGUGCAGUUUGAGACCGUGCCAUUGAGUUACAAUGUCAAGGACAUGACACUGGUUCAGACCGUGGCGCGGAUAUUUGGCAAACCACUUUCAGACGUUCAGGCCGAUAUAGACACACAUAAACCUGUGUGGACAGAGCAGGCAGCUCUUCAAGAUAUUAGCGCCUACCAGCAUUUUCUUGGGUUGAAUACCAAAAAGUCUCUCCGCGACGAUGAUUUUGAUACGGAGGAAGCAUACGAAGAAUGGAGAGCUUCAGAGGGCCCCGACUUGAUGCAAAUGAAUCUGGCCAUUCUGCAGGCGAAUCCCGAAUUAGUAAAGAGUGCACCAGCCGCUGGUUUGCCACAAUAUAAUUCUUCACCACAAGCGCCCGUUCCUUCCGAAUCGGGCUACUCUGAGUUAUCCAGGAAGAUGUCUGAUAUUUCAGAUCAGGUCUCCUCAUAUGUCAUCGACCAGCCGGUCGACAUGGGUCAUGUCAGCAGAAGAGACAGUGACGGCGAAAUGGAUGAGCCUGAUGGCCAACAUCCUUUCACCUUCAUCCCUCCUGAUCCCAGAGGCUUUUAUCGCGUCAUACUUAUGCAGGCCCUUUCUCAUGACCUCACCGAUCAAGAGUUGAAAGCGGCUGAGAGUAGUACAGAGGAUAGCACACCAAUUAUUCUACUCUCCAAGGAAUCAACAGAGUUGCUCAAUGAGGCCUGCCUUCGGUGGCGAAUUCCUCAAUUUUCUCGACUGGUGCUCUUCUUAGAUGCCAUUCGUCAGAAGUUCGAGGAUCAGGAAGUUAGUCUUGAAAUUGUUGACGAGGCGUUUCGAUUUAUCAAAGAGCCGCCAGCCGAGAGCAAGCCGUCUGCGAAAGCUGUUUCCUCAUCCUUGUUAGACCCGAAUAAAUGGACUAUUGCGGACUUUGCUCUUUACAGGCAGUCUUUGUCCAUUCUUCACGAUCUGCUGCUGCGCGAUUUAUACGAAUUAUUGCAGGAAGCGUUUGAUACCAAGGCGCCCAAUAUUGGCCCGAUAUUGUAUGUCUUGGAAACCUACAUUUACGAGGAUCCUUUAUUUUCCAAAAACCCCGAAGAUCUUGACCAGUUUUCGAUCCAACUUGAAGACAGCCUUCGCGCAAAAGCCUCGGUGGUGUAUGGACAGUUGCUGGAGAAGGAAGUGCCUGGAUCUCAGGAUCAAUGGGAGUUCUUUCACGUCAUUCAGCUAGGGCGUGCUUGGAUAAAAUUGGCUGAAAAGAUACAGAAGAGAUAUCGCCGGAAUCCCGAAAUCAUGGGUGUUAAUCUUUUCAAUAUAUUUAUUGAAACCACACUUCCUUCAUACGGCGAGGAUGCACGAGACAUGAUUACACGGAUACUGGACAUAGUACGAAGCACAGGCGAAGAAGUCAGUGUCGAGGAUGGCUUUGAACUUUACAAAGAGAUGGUAGAGAUUCGCCGGAUCCAUCGGGAUGCCAUUCCUGAUGUUCGUUUCCCCUUCCAUAUCGAGGGUCUUUUGGAAGAGUUCGUCUGGCGAUGGAUUCAGGCCACAGACGAGAAAAUUGUCGGCUGGGUGGAGCAAGCUGUGAAACAAGAUCUAUUCCAAGUCCGAACGUCGCGUCCUGAUCAGGUACCCUCGGAUGACGAGCGGCAUAGCGUUUCGGUGAUUGAUAUUUUCGGCUCGUUUAAUCAGGCCGUUGAUCAAAUCGUUCAGCUUGAAUGGGAUGACGACUUUCAAUACGCAAAGUUCAUGACUGCUCUUUCGAGGUCCAUUGGUGUUGGAAUAACGCGUUAUUGUGACGUUAUUGAACAAAAGUUCAGCAAGGAAAUGGACAUCUUGACACCGGAGCAAGAGGCAGCCGCAAGCCUCUCCAGACAGGAGAGAUGGAUGCAGAUGGCCAAGGAUGCAUGGAAUAACAAGGAAAAGAUAGAGCCAUUCCAAUUCGUCCCCCAGUCACUUGUAAAAUUGAAUAACAUUGAAUAUGCAAUUUUGCAGCUAGACAAGCUCGAGAAAAACAUCAAUAUCGAUGCUUGCGCAGAUGUAAUUAACAGACACACCCCACAGUCCACCGUCCGCCAGCGAAGAAUCAAUAACUUCGUUUUUACCAUCAAAAUAGUGGAAGCAGAGGACCUUAAGGCUUGCGAUAUGAAUGGCCUAAGCGAUCCGUAUGUGGUGCUCGGCGACGAGUAUCAGAAGCGAUUGGCAAAGACUCGCAUUGUGUAUGGAAAUCUCAAUCCACGCUGGGAUGAAUCCAUCGACAUCACCACUCAAGGCCCUCUGAACAUUAUUGCUACUGUGUGGGAUUGGGAUGCUGUUGGCGAUCAUGACUGUGUUGGGAGAACUUCCAUCAAGUUAGAUCCAUCUCAUUUCGGAGACUUUUUGCCCCGCGAGUACUGGCUUGAUCUCGACACUCAAGGUCGAUUGCUUCUCAGGGUCAGCAUGGAAGGGGAGCGAGAUGACAUUCAGUUUUACUUUGGUAAAGCAUUUCGAACGUUGAAGCGUGCGGAGAGAGACAUGACGCGAAAGAUUACUGACAAGCUCUCAUCAUAUAUCCAUCACUGCCUUUCGAAACGCGCGUUACGAAGCCUCCUUUCCAGAGGCAUUACCAUGUCCUCCGUCUCCAAUAUCUUUAACCGGAACAGAGUCUCCAUGCCACAGCAAGGACCGACAAAAAUUGAAAUCAUGAAUGCACUUCGGCCCUUGUUUGUUUACUUUGACGACAACUUUGCCCUUAUGAAGCAAACGCUUACAGACAGCGCAAUGAUUACGGUAAUGACAAGAUUAUGGAAAGAAGUCUUGGUUACGAUUGAAUCUCUCCUUGUUCCUCCUCUGUCCGACAAACCAUCCCAACAACGCCAGCUCACGCAGCAAGAGUUGGAUAUAGUCUUUCACUGGCUCAAGCUUCUUUUCGACUUCUUCCAUGCCGUUGAAGACGAAACUGGCGAGGCCCACGGAGUUCCCAUUGACGUUCUCAAAUCUCCCAAAUACCACGACAUUCAAUCUCUCAACUUCUUUUACUUUGAGUCCACGGAUAAUCUUGUCCGGACAUCCGAACGGAUGGCUUCGGCCACGGCAUCACGCCAACAGGCACAGCGCAACAACCGUCUCUCAGCACCUGCCUCACUGGCGGGUCCCUCAUUCGGAGGCGCAAUAGGCCUUAUGGGCAUGACAUCGACCCGCCGGUCAAAGAGCAUCAUGCUCUCGCGCAACCUGGGCACAAUGAAGAAAGCCAAAGAAGAAAGACGGAAAGAGGCCCAAGCAGACCCGAACGAUGACAUGAUUCUACGUAUUCUGCGCAUGCGACCGGAAGCAGAGAGAUAUCUGCGCGACCGCAGCCGUCAAAAGGAGAGACUCGCUGCCGCUGCCGCCGCCGAAAUGAUUGUUCGUCAGAGCCUCGCUUCCCGUGCUGGUGGUGGCUUUGGCAACCGUAUCCUCCCUAGGAGAUAG